AGAAGAUAUCGAACGGGCGAUAUCUAUAAUAUUACUAAAUUAAAUGCCGAAAUUCGCUUUUAGCGAUGGCUUUGUGAUAUUUAGUAUAUUUGGUUUUGUAAUAUGUAUGAAAAGAUCUGUUUUCAACGAUUGAACUUCUGAUAAGAUGCUUUUAAAUUGAUGUAACAAUGAACGAUAGCGGUGCCGAAUGCUCUGAAGCCUUAGAUCCUCGAGUGCAGAUUGAACUUGAGCGUUUAAACACAGCCACAGAUGAGAUCAACCGCUUGGAAGUUGAGUUGGAUGAAGCAAGACUAGCCUUUCGUCGUCUUCUUGCUGAAGGACAUCUACGUAUACAGCAGUUGACAAAGAAACUUGGCACCAGUGUACAUAAAGCAAGGCCUUACUAUGAAGCCAGGUUUAGAGCAAAUAUUACAUCUCAAGAGUUACAAGCGGCAACACUGGCUUAUGACAAGGCUAAUAGUGCACAUGCAGCAGCAAGAGAAAUGGUGUACCUCGCAGAACAGGGUCUUGCCAGGCUUGCAGAGGGCUCUGAAGGUGGACUUACCCUCGACCCAGCAUGGCAGGAAAUGCUCAACCACGCUACACAUAGGGUUAACCAGGCUGAAGCAGACCGAGCAACUGCCACGGUGACACAACGCACUAAGGCUGCGGCACACCGCGCCGCCGCAACCCUCGUACAACAAUUGCAGAAUGGACUGAAAAGACACAUUGCUAAGUCCAGGCCAUACUUUGAAGAAAAGGCGCGCAUUAACACAGCACUGGAGGCGCAAAAGGCUCGUAUACAAACAUUAGAGGAACAAGUUGCGGAAGCGAAACAGCAAUAUUCUUCAGCACUUAGAAAUCUUGAAAGAAUUUCCGAUGAAAUACAUCGACAUAGGUCAAGGCGACAGUCUACGAGAAAUGAUAUAGAUCGUUCAACGUUCACGGAUACAGCGAGUGAGUCUAACACCAGUGAGAAUCUAGAGGAGCUUUGUGAGCACAGUACAGACGCGAGUGUGCGCGAGUGGCUGCGUCGUGCGGCUGACGCGCAACGUCCGCGUAUACCAGACUCUGACACCUGGACAGAGAUAGAUCUAGACUACUCCAGUCCUGAAGAAAUUAGCUUCGAGAAAUGUUCUCUCCGACCGCGGUCAACUCCUGAGAAAACACCGUCACCGCCUAGUCCUUUAGAAUCCAAAGUGUCCGCAGCAUCCCCGAGACGUAUUAUACGAUCUGAACGGACUGCGCUUAGGAACGAACUGAGACAUGAACUAAGACAUGAACUGAGGCACGAGUUGCAGAACGCACGGCGACAAAGUUUGGACGCCUUACUUCAUGAUACAGGGGAAAGAGUGAAGGAGAUGUUUCAAGGUUUGUCCUUGUUUGGUGAACGUCGAGGAUCAGGGUCUGCGCCGCGAACUCCACGUCGUCGUUCUCCCACAGCAUCCUCAGCAUCAUCUGAUAGACAUUCAGACACUGAUAGUCUGCCCAGUGUGGAAAUGCUGACGGACGAUCAAAUCGCAUCAUUAAUGUUGGACGCACAAUUGGAGGCGGUAUGUGAAAGACUUGCGGGAGUGGCUGUGAGACAGCCGCGAUCACCUCACUCACCCGAGGCACGAUAUUGAACCUUAUUUACAUAAUGGUAAGGUAGAAAUUUGAAUGACAUGUUGUAUAAGCGCGAUAAUGAACCUUAAAACUAUCGGAUUAAGGUAGGAUUUUGAUUG